AUGUCACUCGCUGGCGAAAUCGACGCUUCCUCCCUCCAUCUCCUCUAUGCCGCCCACACCCUCAUCGCUCGCAACGAGACCUCGAACUCUACCACGUCUGCCACCAAUGAAGGUCGUCCAGCUGUCUACAAGAUCAUCGGUCUGUCUUUGGCUGUGGCUUCUGGUCUGUUCAUUGGUAUUUCCUUUGUGCUGAAGAAGGUCGGCCUGCUGAAGGCCAAUGUCAAAUACAAUGAGGAAGCAGGUGAGGGCUAUGGUUAUUUGAAAAAUGUAUACUGGUGGGGAGGCAUGAUCCUGAUGAUAGUGGGAGAAGUCUGCAAUUUUGUCGCCUACGCUUUUACCGAUGCUAUUCUGGUCACCCCAUUAGGCGCUUUAUCCGUGGUGGUUACCACCAUUUUGAGUGCCAUCUUCCUCAAAGAACGUCUGAGUUUCGUCGGCAAGGUUGGCUGCUUCUUGUGCAUAGUUGGUUCAGUUGUUAUUGUCCUCAACGCUCCCGAGCAGAGUGCUGUCGCAGAUAUCCAACAGAUGAAGCACUUUGUCAUUGCCCCAGGCUUUCUCACUUACGCUGGUAUUAUCAUUGUUGGCAGCACAUUUAUCGCCUUGUGGGUCGGACCACGCUAUGGCAAGAAGAGCAUGUUCGUCUAUCUGAGCGUAUGCAGUUUCAUUGGUGGCUUAAGUGUCGUUGCUACACAAGGCCUGGGUGCUGCUGUCGUCGCGCAAGCUAGCAAAGGUAACCAGUUCAAUCAGUGGUUCUUGUAUGUCCUGCUGGUCUUCGUUGUUGCAACACUGCUGACCGAAAUCGUUUAUCUUAAUAAAGCUCUCAACAUAUUCAACGCUGCGCUCGUCACGCCAACCUAUUAUGUAUUCUUCACUAGCACCACCAUCAUCACUUCUGCCAUUUUGUUCAGAGGAUUCCAUGGAACAGCUGUAACCAUCGCAACUGUCGUGAUGGGUUUCUUGGUUAUUUGUUCUGGCGUCGUCCUAUUGCAGCUCUCCAAGUCCGCUAAAGACGUUCCAGAUGCAGCUAUCUUCAAAGGCGACCUCGAUCAAGUACGAGAAGUGGCCGAGCAGGAGGCAGCAGAAAGCGAGCCAAAGGCUGAUGCAAUUCGUGGUGCAGCCUCAAUCAUCAGACGACUGUCAACACCGCGACGCCAAAUGGAGCAAAUGGAAGCAAAACGUAUACGUGAAGAAAAGUUGUCGGAACACCUCGAGCCCCUCAAAGAGAACGAGAUCGCCGAGUGGGAUGGCAUUCGAAGAAGGAAAACUGUAGUUGGAUCUGGACUUGCUCCAUCACCCAUUGUACGGCGAAAAACACUUCACCCGCCCUUGGGUAUGACACAAUUUCCAGAAGACAGUCCCGAUCGGAACGACGGCAGCAACAAAGCCUUCCUAGACAAUGUCCGAGAGCGUGCUCACGGCAUGUUUGGCGGUCGUCAUAAACACGACGACGAUGACACAGUCGCAGCAGAACAUGCAGACCCCAGAAGCCCGGAACAUCCAGUGGCUCUGACCAACAUUCGAUUUCCGAAAUCUGGAGAUGGAACUUCUCCCGCACUACCGUAUGGACCGGGCAGUCUAGAAGAGGCCCAGGAGCACAUAUACGGCCACCCUGGUUUUACUAAGAAAAAGCCCAUGCCUUCGCCGAGAUCGAAGCCAUUACCAGCAUCGCCAGCUCCGACAGACUCUGGAUUGCGACCACCUGCAGAAGCUAAACGUCAAUUCUCUUUCUCCAAUUUUCUCAGACACUCGAAGCAGUCAGGCCAUAGCACAGACACAGCUUAUGCACGCCCUUCGACUGCUACGAGCCAUCUAGAACGUAAAGCAGCUAAGACUGCUACCGAAGAGGAAAGAAUGGGUUUGACCAAAGGUGAUUCAUCCCGUCCACUCAUGGGCGAGACUUCCCCUGAACGCAAACAAGGAACACUACAGCCCAUACCAAGCCGAGAAUCCCACGAACCAUCCGACACAGCAUCUUUAUAUGAAGCAUAUCCUUACACCCAAUCCCAAAGACAUCACAGAUCCGCCUCGCCAGAUGCUAUGUUGGACGAAGGUAUGGAAUCUGACAGUAGCUAUCAGGGUCGACAACAGACUUAUCACGAACCAUUCAGUUUUUCCUCCAAAGGGCCCACGACCGGCCAGCAAACUCCACAACAGAGAACCCCAAGUCGGAGAAGGCCGAGCCCACCAGCGAUAUAUACACCUCCACCACCAAUACUAUCAUCCCACCUUAGAGACCUCACCCAGUCCUCAGAACGAGCAACUCAACUACCCCCAAUAGAACCCCCAGCCUCGACAACUACCAGAAGAAUAACGAUAGGCGACCCUCCACCAGCGAGCCGACCAGCGCCUUCCCUCGACCCACCGGUUCAGUUCGCUCCCUCAAGCAGGCAAGCACCAUCGACGCAGCUGAAUCCCAUCUACAGCAGCCAGAGCCCAGACGACGCCGGACCAAGUGAGUACACAUCGAUCAUUUCGCGAGGUAGACCGAUCGCCACCGCUAUGCAGCAGAAUCCGUCGAUUUAUGCCGACUCAGCCUCCUCAACUCGAAGUGACAACAGCAAUAACGGUAGCAAGGAUCGUUUCGCUGAGCAAAGCGCGCGAGAAAGAGCCGAGAGACGUGAGAGGGCUCAAAGACGACAAAGUCAAGGUCCUGAUAGCGCGACACAAGGUACAGACUUUUCUUAG